GAUUCUGGCCGACUCGAGCCUUGGAGCUCGCAGUUCAUUGAGAGAAGCCAUCCAGCCCUGGCUGUCUCCCCUCCCUAGGCUAGCAGCUGUUUCCUGCAUUCCCUACUAACUUUGCUUGCUUCUAGAGGCUUCUGAAGCUUGUGAGCUUCUGUCAACACUGUGCUGCAUCCUAAAAAGAACUCAGUCCUUUUACUCCCCAAACCCAGAGAUAGAAGACAAAUUGGGCUGGCUGCUAAGACUUGUGGGUAAGGCUUGGGAGGCCCACCCGUCUUCCUGAGAGCUUUCAUACCCCUUCCAGGCAUUGAGAACCUGCCCUGCGAACUUCAGAGGAACUUCCAGUUGAUGCGUGAGCUAGACCAGAGGACAGAAGAUAAGAAAGCAGAGAUUGACAUCCUGGCUGCAGAGUACAUCUCCACAGUGAAGACCCUUUCUUCUGAUCAGCGAGUAGAGCACCUGCAGAAGAUUCAGAGUGCAUACAACAAGUGCAAAGAGUACAGUGAUGACAAGGUUCAGCUGGCCAUGCAGACCUACGAGAUGGUGGACAAACACAUCCGAAGGCUUGAUGCUGACCUGGCACGCUUCGAGGCCGACCUGAAGGACAAGAUGGACGGCAGUGACUUGGAAAGCGCUGGAGGACGAGGACUGAAAAAAGGUCGGAGUCAGAAAGAAAAAAGAAGUUCCCGCGGUCGAGGCCGGAGGACCUCAGAAGAAGACACCCCAAAGAAAAAGAAGCACAAGGGCGGGUCUGAGUUCACCGACACCGUCCUGUCUGUGCACCCCUCUGACGUCCUGGACAUGCCCGUGGACCCGAACGAACCUACGUACUGCCUGUGCCACCAGGUGUCCUAUGGGGAGAUGAUUGGCUGUGACAACCCAGAUUGUCCGAUUGAGUGGUUUCACUUUGCCUGUGUGGACCUCACCACGAAGCCCAAAGGAAAGUGGUUCUGUCCAAGGUGUGUUCAGGAAAAGAGGAAGAAGAAGUAAGGAAGAGACUGUGUCCAGGUUGAAGAGCAAAUUAAUAUAUUCCUUCCUUCAUGUUGCAAUAUUUUUUUAAUUUUAAAACGACCUUAUUUCAACUGAUACUUCAUAACUAAUGGCCAGUUACGAUUCUGGAUAUUUUCUAAAACAAGAAACCACCACACCCUGUUUUCACAGAUGAGCAGUCUCAGAAGUAUUUGCCACAGCAACUAUGUACAGACCCCCUAUUUCUGGCCGUGGCUGCCUUCAGGCCAGCCUGGGACCAUGGGUGGGUGUUUGUAAACUCAGGCUGCCAGGCAGAGUAUGUGGUGGAGACAUGUGAACCCGGCAUACUGCCUCUGUUUUGUGACCAGAAUCAGCCUGAGUGACCACCUGCUACUUCCUGGUGCACCAGGAAGACUUUCUGCCGCUCUGUGAGCAGUGAUGCCCCAGAGCUUUGCUCUCAUCUUGACUCUGGUGGCACGGAUUCUUAGACAGGACACCUCUGAUGUGCCUGGAAGGGCAGGGCUCCCCCAGAGGACGUGCUCCCGCCUCGAGGUGUGCCGACUUUCAACAUGGACUUCCCCGUCCCCUGGAGAUUCACGGCUCGCCGUCAGCCUCAGCUGUUGGUUGCCACCGUCAGCACUGCCAAGCACGCCUAACCACUGGGCUGAAGUCCGUUUCUCUGGGAAUUCCUUACACUUCUACUGUGAAGAUGAAAUUAUUGUAAUAGCAUGAAGGUCGUGGGUCUGUGUGUCUAUGAAGUGAGUCUGUCUACUACGAGCUGGUUUUAGAACUCUGUUUAUGUUGCAUACCACUAGACCAGCAGCUUAUAGCCAAGGGGAAUACAAUUAUGUGACUUGAUUUGUGAACUCAUGUGCCCAGUAGUUCUGGAAUGAAGGUAGAUAGAUAUACUUGUUUAUUCUGCAUUCACCAAAUCAAUGUUGAACAGUCCUUUUGGUAAUAGUUGGAGAAAAUACACUUUGCCUGUUGAGAUA